UCAGUGCAAAUAAAGAACGUAUAUAUGGCGAAAACCCUAACCCCCUUCAGUUUGUCAUUUUAGAGAUUUCGCUGCUACUUAUAGCCAAUCAGAGCGCGGCAGCCACCGUCACACCACCAACCAGCCACCAUGGGUCGUAUGCACAGUCGAGGUAAGGGUAUUUCAGCUUCAGCUCUUCCAUACAAGAGGACUCCACCAAGUUGGCUGAAAAUCUCUGCUCCUGAUGUUGAGGAUAACAUAUGCAAGUUCGCCAAAAAAGGUUUGACACCUUCUCAAAUUGGUGUUAUUCUUCGUGAUUCUCAUGGGAUUGCUCAGGUGAAGAGUGUUACUGGUAGCAAGAUUCUCAGAAUUUUGAAGGCUCAUGGACUUGCUCCCGAGAUUCCCGAGGAUCUCUACCACCUUAUCAAGAAAGCAGUGGCAAUCAGGAAGCAUCUUGAGAGGAACAGAAAAGACAAGGACUCCAAGUUUAGAUUGAUUCUUGUUGAGAGCAGGAUUCAUCGACUUGCUCGCUACUAUAAGAAAACAAAGAAGCUUCCACCAGUCUGGAAGUACGAGUCUACCACCGCGAGUACUCUUGUGGCUUAGAGAAGGUCAUGGAUUGGGAUUACAAGUUUGUUGGUCAAGUCCCAUCUUCAUAAUUACAGACUUAAGUUGUUUUUGUAUGAGACCGGAUUGUUUGAAACUUUGAAUGGAACAAAUUUUGUUUUAUGAGAGAUGAUAAGGGGAACAUUUCCUACUUUAAAUUUGCA